AUGAUCAUUAACUAUAGCCACUUCGGUGAUGUAAUAACGUUUGAUACAACGUAUAGUACAAAUAGAGAUGCAAGGCCACUUGGAGUAUUUUUGGGUCUCAAUCACCAUAAAGAAACUGUUGUAUUUGGAGGUGCACUUUUAUAUGAUGAAACAAUUGAAUUUUUUGUAUGGUUAUUUGAGACCUUCUUAGAAGCAAUGUCUGAAAAGAAGCCAAUCACUAUUUUCACAGAUCAAGAUGCAACAAUGUCAGUUGCAAUAAAAGUAGUCAUGCCUAAGACAUAUCAUGCAUUGUGUAGUCGGCAUAUGUGGCAGAAUGCUGAGAAACACUUGGGUCAUUUACUAAAAAAUGAGUCUCAAUUUAACAAUUAUUUCUUAGCAUGUAUCUAUGAGUAUGAUGGUGAAGGUGAGUUUCUUACAGCUUGGAAUAAAAUGCUGGAUAAAUACGAUGUUCGUGAAAAUAAAUGGCUAAUUGAUCUAUUUAAAUUGAAGGAAAAAUGGGCCCAAGCAUAUGUUAAGAGAACUUUCACUGCAAGAAUAAAGAUAACCCAGCUUAGUGAGAGUUUCAAUGCUAACUUGAAAGAUUGCUUGCGUACUAAUCUCAAUAUAGUAGAGUUUUUCACUCAUUUUGAAAGAACAGAAGUUGAAGAGGUAAUAGCACUUUCCAUCCUAGAAUGCAAUGUGAGUCAAACACAUAGUUAUGUGGUUGGAGUUUUCAAUCAACAUGGAAAAUAUGAAGUCAUGUGGAAUCCAUUAGAUGAGACUCUAUCUUGUAGUUCCAGGAAGUUUGAGUCAUUUGGUAUUUUAUGUAGGCAUGGUUUGAAAGUUCUUGAUGUAUUGGAUAUCAAGUUGAUUCCUAAUAGAUAUAUCAUGAAGAGGUGGAGAAGAGAUGAAAAAGAUGGAAGCAGAAAAAAUUGCACAACACAUAACAUUAAGCCGGAUACUCAAUUGGAAUAUGAAAUAUAUGCACAUGACAUCAUGGUACAAAAGAAAAUUGAGGAUAUCUCUUCUGGAAAUAUUACUAGUUUUACACAACUUUUAAUGUCGGCUUCUACAAGUUCUGCAUCACAUCAAGGAGGCUCAUCAGCAAGUGUUGCAUUAGCAUCACAUUUAAAGAGUAUAUCAAGUGUGGUAGGCUCCAACGACAAAAUUGAUGGUGCAGGAGGUCUCUUGACUCAAGGAAGUAUUGCAAGUGGAGGUCCCUUGACUCAAGAAAGUGUUACAAGUUGA